AUGUUCACGACAUUGAUGCAGUUUUUGAUCUGGAUCUUCAAUGUAUGCGCUUUGUGCACCACUGCUUAUUACUAUUUUGCAAAAAAUGAAGUGAUACUUCUACUGCCGUAUUUAGUGUGGACGCCAUUCGACUCUUUUCGGCCUGAUAUUUAUCCUUUUAUGUAUUUGUACCACGUCGCAUCGGGUUACGUUGCUAUGAAUGCCCUUCUAGGAGCCGAUUUACUAUUCUCAUUCCUCACAGGACAUCUCUGUAUGCAUUUUGAUUUGUUAGCCCAAAGGGUUGCCCGAAUCGGUUUCCAAGACGGAGCAUCGAAUAGGGAUGCUUUAAAUCAAAUUAAUAAUAAAUCUAGAAAUGUUUUGAUGCACAAGGAGUUGGUCGAUUGUAUACAACGACAUAAAGUAUUAAUCGGGAUUAGUGAAGAGUUAGAGAAAAUCUUCAGCUUCUCGAUUUUCAUGAACUUUUCAGGAAGUUCUGUCCUGAUUUGUCUGGUCGGCUUUCAAACAACUGCAGUAACAGGAGUCGCUUUAUUUAUGUUUUUGAUAUUUUUAAUAUCUAUGGUGGUGCAGAUUUAUCAACUUUGUGAUGCUGGACAUCAACUAAUAGAAAAGAGUGAAUCUUUGUCGAAAUCCAUUUACGAGAGCGAUUGGAAUAAUUGUGAUCGCAAAUUCAAGAGAUCUGCACAAAUUUUGAUGGCUCGAGCACAAAAGCCACAAAAGUUGACUGCUUUGAGGUUCUCAGUGGUUUCUUUAACAAGUUUUGGAAAGGUCAUGAGUACAUCUUGGUCUUAUUUCACGCUUUUGCAAACUGUCUAUCAAGGACCGAAGGAUUAA